GGAGCAAACUUCGUUCGAGUUUCAUUAGUCAAGCUCCAAUACUUCUUUCUCGAAAACUAUCUGGGUAAAUUUAAUUGAAGUUGGCUGAUGAAUAGAGUACCAUCCGACAGUGGUGUUCCUAGCUUCUGGCUCCGGGGUCAAAAAGUCACAGCAUGGCGCUGCAUCAUGUUCUUCUCAUUUUCAUCAUCAUUGUGCUAUGGACUAACAUAGCGAGCGUGCAGGCAAGAAGAGGAGAAGAAAUGGCAAGAGAAUUCAGGAGAGGUGACGAUAUGAAAGAGAGGAGGACAAGAAAAUUCGAUGAAAUGAUACUAUCAACUGCAAGAGGUUAUGGAAAAAGAACUAAUGGGCAAUUGAGAAAGGACUUUCUUCUGGAAUGGAUUGCAAUGGAAAGAAUGAGGGACUUGGGAUAUCCAAGAUAUGUGAUGAACAACGCCGAACUCUCGCCAGAAUAGAUCUUUUCAUCUCCUUUGAAUUCUCUGAUUCAUAUUGUUUGGAAUGUUGUAUCCUUUACUAAUGUAUAUUACAGACUAAUGUAAAUUGAUUAAAUGAUAUAUUGAGAAUAAAACGAAUAUAUUAGAU